AUGGCGAAAAUCCUCUUGUUAUUUUUCGUUAUUAUCGAACUUAAUAUUCUUCAAAAUUUUGCGGGUGGAUGUUUUUUGGCACCGAAGCUCGAGGUUUAUAUUAUUCAUUAUCUGCCUCCAAACUCCGAACCAUUGAAGUUACACUGUGCAUCUAAAGAUAACGAUCUUGGUAAUCACACGCUUUACGAUGCUAAUCAAGAAUUUCAUUGGAGUUUCUGCGAAAAUAUUAUUCCCAAUACACUGUUCUUCUGUCACCUUUGGUGGGGAUCAAAAGAUAUAGCUUUCGAUGCUUUCAGAUCGAAACUUAUCGAAGAUGAUAUCGAUACGUAUUAUUGGAUUGCAAUGAGGGAUGGUAUUUAUUUUUCUUACGACGAUAAAUUCCCAAAUUUCUUGAUGAAGAAAUAUGAUUGGAAUGGUUAA